AUGUUUCGGCGACUCCGAUGGCGCGAGCGCUGUCUCCUCCCACCAGUGAUCAAUAAGUUCUCGCUUGCACCCCCUCCUCUUUUUGCGAUGUUGUGUUUUGGCUGCGUGCCCAAUCGUCUUUCCUGUUGUCGCGAUCUGCGUCUCUCGCAAGUCCCAUCCCUGCUUCUGGCGGGUCCAGGUGUGCCGUUCUCUGGAGCAGUUCUUCUUGUACAAGUCUUGGAGCACAUUUAAAUUGUUUUCAAAAAAAGAUUAAUUUUUUUAUAAAAUGUAGCCUUUUUUUAUUUCUUUUAUGAUAAGUGAUAAUUUGAAUUUAUCGCUAAUUUUUGUCAUUCCCUCAUUAUUUUUGCAAAUUCUUCUAAUAGGUGAAUUAUAAAAAUUUCUAAGAAAAAAAUGAAUUCCCUGAAUUGUGAUUUUUUUAACUUAUGCAGUGUUUGAAGUAAUUUUUGGUGAUGCAAGAACUAACGCAAGAUUCGUUUAAAAUGAUUUCGCGAAAUGGGCAAAAUUAUGAUUUCUCAAAAUGAGUGUUUUAUGAACGUAAAAUUCUUUUUUCUCGAAAAAGAAAAAAAGAGUUUUUCUUCAAAAAUUAUUACACUUUUUUUAGAUUCAUGAACGUCAUUUUUUGAUACAGAAUUUUUGUAUGAGAAAUCGACAUUGUCUUUGAGGAUUUCAAAUCAGAAUUUUCGAAAACGCCAUAGCUUCAUAUGAACUGAAAUAAGGCAAAAAAACUGACCAAGAAAAAUUCAAAAAUUUUUCAGAGCACGCACUGAUGAUUGGCAAAAAUAAUUAUUAGUUAACUUGAGUAUAUUUCAAUUUAUAUCGAAGAAUGAGAAAAUUUUAUUCUGGUAGAAUCUAUUGAUUAAAUAAUAGAUAUAUCUUGCUUUUGAAAAAAAUUAACGUGACGUAAAACGAACUAUAAUGUGUUUUGCGCGAGACGGACAUGUUUUGAAAGCACAGCCGAAAAAAAGCUACCAUGAAAAAAGUUUCUCCUACCUUUGCUCUACAAAUUCAAAAAAAAAACAGCAAAAAAACAGGCCUUCAUAACUUGUUCUACACUGCUUAAAGUAAUCUAGCACGGAACUAAAAACAAGCUAUAACCCACGACAAAAAUACAUACCUAAGCGAAGCCAAUAGAUAUUCUGCAGUCAGUAUUGCCGUUGGUUGGAAACUCAUACAUACGUUUACAGCUUCCACCUACGAGUUUGUGAAAUGGUACUCGGAGGCCGAUUCGGUGGUCGCAUGUUAUGUUUCCAAUUCGUCAAGUUGACGUCAUGAGAGUGAGGAAUGGUUCCGUGUGAACGUCGGAUGGUUGUGAACGGCUUCCAAGUUGCGAAGAUCCAGAAUCCAUUCGCAGAGCGUCAUUUUUUUUUUUGCAAUCUUUCGAAGCUAGGUCUGAAGAUUCCUUCAACGUUAAAUCACGAAGACACGAGAAUAACUAUAAAACAGGGAAACAAAAAAAUGUUCGGAAAAUAAAUGAAGAAAUACUGAGCUUUGCGUAAAUUUAAAGAGGCAUAUGAAAACAUACAGUUGGAGCAUGACGAAUGAACCGGAAAAUUUUAUCAAUAAACUAUUCUCAAACAGUACUUCAAACGCUCCACAAACUUAUUCAUGCAUGAUCGUCUGGCACUGGCCGCUUGAGAGAGAUUUAUCGCAUAAAACUCGCUUAUAUCUAUUUUUCAUUUUAAAAUGGUUACUUAAGUUGAAACUGAACUUCCACGAAAGUGCUUGAAACAGGUCUAGAAUGUGAGAAAAGAGACUGAUAAAUGUUAUGAAAAUAGAAUAAACGUAUUUGAAAGAGGUUUUUCAAUAGGCAAAAAUAAGAGCGCGUGUGUGUGGGUCCUGCACGAACACUAAGAAUAACUGACGAGAUAAACGCGAGCUCGGUGGCGGUACAUUGACUAACUCGCAAAAAUGUCGCUUUUUUCUAGGCGCGAUCCCGCAUGUAUCUCGGCGCGACCUCGCAUUUUUCUCGGCGCCAUCUCGCAUUUAUCUUGCAUUUCGGAAAUUUUCAAAUUGCGAGAGAAAUGCGAGCUCGCGCCUAGAAAAAUGCGAGCUCGCGCCCAGACUAAUGCGAAACCGGCGCGAGAAAAAAAGCGAGAUGUUUGCGAGCUCGUCAAUGUACCGCCAGUGUCUCGCGUUUAUCUGGCGGUACAUUGACGAGCUCGCAAACAUCUCGCUUUUUUUCUCGCGCCGGUCUCGCAUUUUUCUGGGCGCCAGCUCGCAUUUUUCUAGGCGCGAGCUCGCAUUUCUCUCGCAAUUUGAAAAUUUCCGAAGUGCGAGAUAUAUGCGAGAUCGCGCCAAGAAAAAUGCGAGGUCGCGCCGAGAGAAAUGCGAGAUCGCGCCUUGAAAAAAGCGAGAUGUUUGCGAGCUCGUCAAUGUACCGCCACCGACCUCGCUUUUAUCUCGUCAGUUAUUCUUAGUGUUCUUAGUGUAAAUUGCAAUUUUUGACGGAACUCUCGUAGGGUUCGCUGUUUGCACAGGGACAUUUAAGUUGACGACAAAAAAUAUUUAAAUGGAAAAACUUCUUUUUCAAAUUUCACAUAUAAAUCAUUUUUUUUUCAUUUCUUUUCAAAUUAUAUAUUGCUGUCUAACUUUUUAUUUCCAAAAUAUUUAUAUAAAUGAAAAAGUUUUAUUGUACCGAAAUCCAUAAAAUUUCUAUAACUAAAAUAAUUUUUUAAAAAAAAUCAGUCCCUUUUUUUCUCGAAUGAUUAUAUUUCAGGGAUAUGAAAUCUAGAUCACAAACCAAGAAUGGAGGCGCAACUUCGGUUUCAAACAAAAAUGAGAAACGAAAUACGACGACCUCAAGAAUAAGAAAAGAACCUGGAACGAUGAGGAAAGAACUGUAACAGAACUAGGUUUUAUUUUUAAUUGUUUUAAAAAAUUCAGUAAACACAGCUGUGAUGAGGAGGAAUCAUUUUCGAAUUCGGAUGCUCCCAGCUCGCUGGCCCACUCAUCAGCAGCAGAAGAGUCGGGUAAGCUGCUUUUGUAUGUUCUUAUAAGCUGGGAUUAAGUUUUAUUCAUUCUUGGAAUAUCUUAACCGCCACUUGCUCAUAGAAACCAGGCAUAUUCGUAUUGAAAGAAUUCUCUAAAUUUUCGAAUCCCAUUCCUUAGUUCAAAACUAUUUUAUCGUAGAAAAAGGUCCCAAAAGCUAAAUAUUGAUUCGAAAAAACUUACUUUUCCGGCCUCUAUACACGAUUAAUUUUCACUAUUUAUUUUUUUCUUCCAAUAAAACUCCUUUUUUCUUUCCUGAAACCUUUCAAAAAUUUGUUUCCUUUCUUGCAUUUAGAUUUUUUAAGUUACCUUCUUUCAGUUCGCACGGAACCACUGAAAGGCCGAGAAAACGAAUUCAACUCUCUUGUUAGUUGGGUUGACGAUAGUAUAAGACUGAAUCGAUCCCUUGGCGUCUAUGUGAGUGGAUCACCAGGAACUGGUCAGUUGAGACGGAUAAAUAUCAUGUUUUCAACGGUAUUUUUAAGGAAAGACGGCUACCAUUAAGCGAGUCUUGCAAUAUUUUGAAAGCCGUAUCGAAAGCUGUAUCGUGAACUGUGCUUCGAGUAGCACAAAGGCAGCCCUCUUCAGAACAAUCUUUGAUGCCUUGGAAUUGAAAGAAAAACCAUCGCUGCCAAACUUGCAACGAGCCGUUGAAGAAUCGGGCAAAUCUUUUGUUUUGGUCCUCGAUGAAAUUGACCACCUGGCCACACGGUCCAACUCUUUUCUCUACUCUGCGUUUCAAUGGCCCUAUACGAUUUCAACGAGAUUCAUUGUGAUAGGUGAGACCUUUCCCGAAGGUUCGACUUAAUUUAUGAUUGCAGGAAUCGCAAACUCGAUAGAUCUAACUGAAAGAAUUCUGUCGAAACUGGUGCUCACCGAAUCUCCCAGGCGUAUCAUUUUCGAGCCUUAUACCAAAGAGCAGAUUGUGCAAAUUUUGACUGCGAAAAGAGAAGGUCUCGGGGUAAAUGAGUAUUCUCCUGUUCUCUAAGUCAUUACAUCGCUCAGAUAAGUUUGAACGACAAGGCCAUCGAGUUGAAUGCAAGGAAAGUGGCUGCGAUGAGUGGAGACCUCCGUACUGCUCUUCACGUUUUCAAUCAGACUAAGUAAGAUAAUCGCCUAGCUAUCCAAAACUCCAGAAUAAUCUCUAUAGGACCCCUCUACGGACCACUUUACCAACCCCUAUAAAUAUCCCUAACCCUUAAAAAUUGGUCCCUAUAUGGGUUUCAGUUAGUGGCCCUAUUUGGGGCUUUAACUGUGGCCCCUAGAAGAGCAUUCUAGUCGAUAAUUUUUAAGAACUCUAUGCGAAGAAUCAUUUUCACGCGAAAAACUAAAUAAAUGAGUGUUUUUUGAAUAAAAAUUGAAAGACCCCUUUAGGGACCACUUAAGCUUUAGGGGCUAAGAGGUCCCUGAACCCCUAUCAGUCCCUGAAACCCUAUAGGUAACACUUUCUCGGCCCCUAUAGGGGCGGUUAAUCCCCCUAACCCCUAUAGGGAUCACUCUAAAUUUCCUAAGAAAGUUAUGAUUUUGAAUCCAGGAACUCAAAAGGAAACACGGCUGAACCGUCGAAUGGCUGCCGAGAAGUGCUGAGUGUUCUCAACAACGUCUACUCUUCUCCGCUGGCCCGUGCUAGACUUCCUCUACAACCUCGACUUCUACUCGCCGUCUGUUUGACACUGUCGGUCAAUAAAAACGUAUUUAAUGUGAUUUUUGACUCUCUGUGUAGGAUUAAUUCAGAGUUUUCUUGGGAAAGCGGCACUUAUGACGGCAUACGGAAAAGCCUGUGAAGAGGUACAAGUACCACCGUUGGACGAAGAAGACCUUCUGGCAGCUUUCCGAACUCUCGAGAGCCAGUCUUUCAUACGCCAACUUUCCGAUGGCAGUCUCGUAUUGCAGGUUUGGUAAAAGUAUCAAUCAACCACACAGAAGUCGGGUAAUACAGAAAAUAUCCUCCUUAUAAAAAAAAAUGAUCUUACAAGAAAGGCCAUUUUCACUUUGCGGUUUCAGAUUUUCUACAAAAGACUCCAAAAAUUCAGAUGAAAGUGUUUCCUCAUCGUCGUCGUUACCUGCGCAGAAUUUUAGUUUCCAAAAUAUGAAUUUUAAAAGUUGCGAAAUAUGGGUUUUAGACUUAAGUCUCUGAACUUUAAAAAUAAAUAUUUCAAAAAGGUGAAUUUUGCGCAGGUUUAUAUUAUUACCUUCACAUAGACUAUCAGAAAAUGUUCAAAAAAAUAUUGAAAAAUUCCAAACCUCAAAGUAAAAUGAACUUCCUUGUAGCUUCCUCGAUAAAUUUUUUUCGUGGUUCUCGUUUUGUCCUCGUUAUUCAAAAAUUAAUGAGGGCUGCUCCAAAAAAUAUAUAAAAACUUUUUUUGGAUAUUAUGCCGUGUUCAAUUUGAUUCCGCGAAAUGCAAAAUACCCGUUAGAGAAAGGAAAAAAUCACUAAAUUUUGGAGAGUCAGAGAUCAUUUUGCAUUUUGCGGAAUCAAAUUGAAAACGGCAUUAGAUUUUUCGCCCUCGUUAAAAUGUUGCAAAGCAAAUGAAAAAAAAAACGUCUCUCUAACUGCUCAAAAAUAGUUAACACUGUUUUUUUUUCGUAUUUUCUACACUGAAUGAGUUAUCGUAUUCUUUUUGGCUGAUGUUCAUUCAAUAAAUUAAGGUGGACGCAGCAACGGCCCGAUCGGCAAUCAGUGACAAAUCAAUGCUUGACCAAAUCGCCGCUUUGAAAUUUUGA